AUGAUUUCUUCGCGGCGGGAACAUCUGUGGAGCUGGGAUUUUGGUCGACCCAGGAGAAUCAACGAAUUCAUUCAUGAAGGUAGUACCCAGCCAAUUCUGUGCGCCAUUAUGAACAUGUUUGGAGAAACAUGGACACCAGAUGAGAUUCUGCCAGGUUUCAUAUUGGAUGUUGAUCGAAGUUAUUUUGCAG